AUUAAUUGCAGUGGCAGCUGUGCAAAGUAUCGUCAGAUUGAUUUGCUUUUCAUGGAACCUGUAAGACUUCGAACAACACAACGUUGCCCUUUUCGGAGGGCGCCUUUCCAAAAGAAGAAGUAGGACUCGGUGGGUCAUAGCACAACUGGGGCGCGGGUAUAAAUGUCGGAGAAUGCCACAUUGUCUCUUUGUUCUUGACCAUCACCGUCAGACUAUUAUCACUACUGAAAGACACAAACUUUUACUUCCAAGGACGAUGCUCGUCCUGCCACUUAUCCUCACGGGCGUCCUCGCCUUCUGGGGGGCGUUCUGCGACACUCUUACAGUGGCUCUAGUCACCCAUACCCUCGGACAGACCAUCGUCUGCACCAUCUCUCAGGUCCCCAUUGUCAGCUUCGUUUUGGAUACCCAUUUUCAAUCCCUAUUCGGACCAAAUAGUCUAUCGCCCACUCCGUUCGCGGCUGUCUGUCCUGCGACGGUUUCCGGACUUUGUUCAUUACGGCAUUCUCUUUUAAUCCACGCACUCUCGGAAAAUGAGCCCGACGCACAACUUUACGCACCCAGGCCGACCAUGAUAGUUCCUUUGCUAUCUUCCCUCCCCGCCACACGAACUCACACAGCGGCACUUCCCUCCCCGACACCAAAGCCGGAACCAAAGCCUGAUCCACUCGCAAUGCUCUUUUCGGAGUUCCCUUUCCUCGACCGCGAGAUCCAUCCGAUUCUUCCUGCCGGUCCAGGAGUGGCCUCUGCGCGCGAUCUUGUUGUUGGCGCCACUUGGCUCUUCAUGCUCAUUCACGUCUACUCCAACAAUAGACGACCUAUCAGGCUGUUUGCAAGGCGGCAUGCUAGGGUUGCCUCCUCGGAAGUUGAGGUGGAAGAUGUCGGCGUAGCGCAAGCAUGUUUAUCUCCGAUGUCGAGUCAGCCUAUUACCCCGCAAGUCGAGUAUCAACUCACUGCAGAAACGGGAACCACAGAUAUGUCGGAAGACAUGAGUACCUGCGCCACCCCGGCUGCUACCGCCACCGAUGACCAAGUUUCAACGUGUGGCGGGCAAGCGCCACUUGCAGGUACCGUGUACUCACCAACAACGACACAUUCUACAACCGUGACCAGCGACCUUGGCGAGAACACGUUCCCAUCGAUAUCCGAGUCGUGCGACGAGGCUCAGAUGGUGCAAGUUAUUGCACAUGGGCCUUCUGGCGCCGACGAACGGGAUGGAAUCGUUGACAAGGCCGCAGUAUUCCACUCGGCUCAAACGUCUAUUGUCGAGGACAUCGAUUUGAAGGAUACGACUGCCGUGCCACCCACGGACUUGAAAUUAGUUGAAACUGAAGAACUCACGAGAACUCCCGAUGACCUCGCGAACGGACCUCAUGGCGGCAAAACGGAGGAUUCUUCGUUGACGGCUGAGAUGCAACAAGAGGCUCAGACGGUGCACAUAGUUGCACAUGAGUCUUCUAGCGUCGACGAGGAAGCUUCCACUGAGGCUGACAAUGUUGUCACCUUAGAUUCUGCCCCGAUGUCCAAUGGCGACGAGGAUGCGGUCACAAGACUCUCCGCGGAUUUCGAACACGCGGACACCGAACAGCCGGCCUCGGGAGAUUCGUCGCAGGGUAAGGAGAAGCAUAGCCGACGUGGUGGUCAAGUCGAGAGCGCUAAGAAAUAUUUUUCAAUAUUGCCAGACUGCUUCUCUGACGUCCGGAAAACGCACCAUUUUACCGGUUGCACUGCGCCAUGGACUCAGGAGGAGAUAGCGGCUGGUAUAGCAACGCCACUUUUUGUUCAAGAGCCUCGGCGAAAGAAUAAGCACUGGAAAGCAAACCAGGAUCUACUUCAUACGGCCCUAGACAAUACCAUCGACGAUGAUAAGCCAGAAAGGUCGUUAUACGCCAGUAUCCACGCUUGUCCAAAGGUUCAUUCGGAAAACGCGAAAGCGGACACAUCGGAUUCAACAUGGAAAGCAUCGUCAUCGAGCUCUUCCUACCAACAACAACAUGUAGCAGCCACCUUCGAUAAACAGGCUUCGAGCUCCACAUCAGGCAGAGGUCUCAGCGCAAGUAUCCAUGCUCCCUCAGCACCGCACGAUGAGCAUCUUGUCUCAAUGGCGCCUCUCGUUGGGAAUUACUCUGAAAAUGCAGAGAAGCGCGGCCCUACCCCCUACACUGCUCCACUUUCGACUGCUGCUCCGCAUAUUUCACCAGUCACUGCCCUUCAAAAAAUUGCCGAUGAUUGGGAUAGAUUGCCUGACAGAGGCUUGAACACAAGUAUACAUGCGCCGUCGGUUCCCCGGGAAGAGACCGCAUCGCUUGUUGUGUCCUCAUCCCACCAGGUCCCUACUACAGGCAGCCACGACAUCGGAACCGUGGAUUAUGAAGAAAGUGACGAGGCAUUCCUAUACACACCUAGCUCGGACACGAAACCAGAGUUCGCCAAGGCUACGGAACACGACUCCGAUGAUGAGGUCUUCCUAUAUACCGGUGUGGAUGCACAAGGCACACUCUCCUCUGGACCCGCGAAUAGUGACGAUGCUGAACAAGAGGAAGAUUUGCUGGAAGACGAAGCAUGCAAAAUGGUGGAAACUUCGGUAACAGGCGCAUCUCAGGACAACGAAUCUCAAUCUGCCGGAUCUCUUGCUGAUGACACUCCAUCGCAAGGUGUCGAACCUACUGAAGAUCAUGAGCCAUCGCCUAGUGCCAUUAAGGACAACAAACGAGCCGAAUCCGUUACAGCCACCGAUUAUAUUACAGAUCAGUUGGAUUCUGAACCUUCUAUACCUGUCGGAUCAACGCCUCUCACUGAGACUGACCAUCCUGUAAAGGUCGAGCCGAUUGGUAACGACGACGCUAAUCCGGAGGCCGAACCAUACAUGGACAACAACUGGGAAUUGCCUCUAGAGGAGCCACUCGAUUUCGCCACGACCGCGGUACCCACUAUGGACCUCUUUGACGCGGUUGCACAGGUCGAGUUGCAGCCCAGGAAUGACCACCUGGUUGAUGAAUCAGAUGAGGAUAUAACUACCAGUCACGCUGGUGACUCGACGUCUGGCGGAAGCUCCAAGAGGCGGCGCAGAGGCUGCAGGGGCAAGGUUAAGAGCAAAGGCAAAGGCAAGGCGAGGACUGAGGCCAGCCCGGAGACCACCGCGUCGGUGUCGGGUCUGAGCGAGUCGAUUCAUGCCCCGCGGACAGCCGAUAGCGGGCUUUCUCCAACGACCUCGCAGGGAACCAGACGGGGUGACGGGCCAAACACUAUGAUACGGAAUGCAAGCCCUUCUUGGUCACGAUCCUCCGUGAGCCCUCAGCCCAUAGCAGGACCUUCGAGGCAAGUCGAGAGACGCGUUUUUAUCAACAGGAGUAGCAAGAAUGCCCUGCUUGCUCACAUCGGGGCAAAUCGAACUUAGCGAGAACACGGGGUCUGUUUGAUGCUCCGUCUUUACAUCAUGAUGUCUACAUUGUUUCCGGUCUAUUCGCUCUUCGUUCGUAGAUUAGAAAGGCGUUUAUGCUCACCUGUGGGCUGGGUAGCACCUCCUAGCGCUGCGAGGUGUUAUCCAGUUCAUGGGUCGAUAUCAUUCAAGUCUGCUCUUCACUUCUUGUGUCUCAAUUGUCUCUGUGCUUUCCUGAUAUAGUGUUAGCUCAACCACUGUUUGUCUCGUUUCAUCGUAAUGUUUUGUAUAAUAGUUGCAUCUUUCUCUUCGUUGUCGGUACGAGUAUAGUGUUUCCUCAUGCUAUCCCUUUCAUCUGUACAUAGAAUAGUUUUUUUGGUCGUUAUUGUUACAAACUCCAGUAGAAGUUGGUGAGUUGCCUGUUGCGG